CGACAACUAAAACCGCUCAAGUCAAUAGCGACUAAACCCUCGGCCUCACCGGUCUCGUUAGGGUUUUUGGGGCGGGCGUCGCGCCAACACACCGCACCCUCGCAGCCUCUUCUUCCUCCUCCUCCCGACCUCCACCACUUCGUUCCUUCUCCCCAUAUCCAUCCAAAACGGGGCCUAGCAACCGUGGUUACUUGAUCCUGGCGCGGACAGCAGGAGCUAUGGUGAUAGGGGUUUCCACCCACGUAGGCGUUCGGGGGCGCUUCUCUCCCUCCCCCUCCUAUCUCUGGUUAUCCUCUUGCCUCCAUCACGGCGCCUCUGGAUCGCGGCCGAUCUUGCCCAUCCGUCCCGUCGCGUGCUGCACUGGAACUACGCAAGAAAUGAAUGAAAGAAUUUCCAAGGACUGGUGGCUUUCAGAAACGGACAAACUAAGGUUGAAGAAAAAACAUAACAAAUUGUUGACAAAUAUUAUAGGAGGGGGUUGCACUGAUUUAUUACCCCAAUAUGUUGAUUCUAAAAUUAGAAAGGAAGUUGUUGAAUUAGGAAAUGUUGAAAAUGGAAGAGUUCACAUUCUUACUAAUCAUCGUCAAGACAUAAUUCACCAAGUUCCUACUCAUACUGUAAGACAUAAUUCACCAAGUAUGAAUGAGAGUGCCGUUGAUAAUAAACACCAACAAUCAUUGAUACCAGAAAGCAGGUUCCCAUUCCAGAACCCUCAACUGGAGAGACCCAUAUUGAAUCUCCAACUGCGUCAGUAUGAUCGUGUUGCAAAAGUUGUUAAUAAUGUUUCUGGUGGCACCGUGCACUCUGAAAAAUGUUUUAUCAAUGACCAACAUAUCAAGACAUCUACGACAGGACGACCUGCCAAGGAUUUGCAAAAGGUGGCACACCAGGAAAAAAUUACUGAUCUGCAUGACAAAGUAAUUAUUGUUGAUAAUGUCUCAACAGCUAAAGAAGUAGCUGUAAGACAUAAUUCACCAAGUAUGAAUGAGAGUGUCGUUGAUAAUAAACACCAACAAUCAUUGAUACCAGAAAGCAGGUCCACAUUCCAGAACCCUCAUCCGGAGAAACCCAUAUUGAAUCUCCAACUGCCUCAGGAUGAUCGUGUUGCAAAAGUUGGUAGUGGAACAGUGCACACUGAAAAUUGUUUUAUGAAUGGCCAGCAUAUCACGACAUCUACAAUGCGACCACUUGCGAAGGAUUUGCAAAAGGUGGUACACCAGAUAAAAACUACCAAUGUGUACGACAAAGUAAUUAUUGUUGAUAAUGUCUCAACAGCUAAAAAAUUAGCUGUAAGACAUAAUUCAACAAGUAUGAAUGAGAGUGUCGCUGUAAGACAUAAUUCACCAAGUAUGAAUGAGAGUGUCAUUGAUAAUAAACGCCGACAAUCAUUGAUACCCAAAAGCAGGUCCACAUUCCAGAACCCUCAGCUGGAGAAACCCAUAUUGAAUCUCCAACUGCCUCAGUAUGAUCAUGUUGCAGAAGUUGUAAAUGAUGUUUCUAGUGAAACCGUGCACUCUGAAAAAUGUUUUAUCAAUGGCCAACAUAUCACGACAUCUACAACAGGACCACCUGCCAAGGAUUUGCAAAAGGUGGUACACCAGGGAAAAACUACUGAUGUGUAUGACAAAGUAAUUAUUGUUGAUAAUGUCUCAACAGCUAAAGAAGUAGCUCGGCUACUUAUUACAGAGUACAAAAAUUUCAUUCAUGCAUGUGAUACUGAGGUAGCCAAUAUUGAUGUGAAGUCCGACACACCAGUUGGACAUGGGGAUGUUAUAUGCUUCAGUAUCUACUCUGGUCCACUGGCAGACUUUGGAAAUGGAAAGUCUUGUGUUUGGGUUGAUGUUCUUGAUGGUGGAGUGGAAGUGUUAAUGGAGUUUGCUCCAUUUUUUCAAGAUCCUUCUAUCAAGAAGGUUUGGCAUAAUUAUAGCUUUGAUAGUCAUAUAAUAGGAAACAAUGGGAUCAAGCUUGCUGGGUUCCAUGCGGAUACCAUGCAUCUUGCACGACUUUUUGAUUCUUCUAGGACAAUCGAUGGGGGUUAUUCACUUGAAGCACUUACAAGUGACCCAAAGAUCAUGUCUCAAGGAAACUCAGAUGAUGAUGUUGAAUUAAUCAGUGGGAAAAUGUCAAUGAAAUCCAUCUUUGGUAAGAAAAAAUUAAAGAAAGAUGGAACUGAAGGAAAAAUUAUCACACUUCCUCCUGUUGAAGUUCUACAAAGAGAAGAACGAAAAUCGUGGAUCAGAUAUUCUGCUUUAGAUGCAAUGAAUACAUUAAAACUUUUUAAUCGCUUGAAAGAAAAACUUAUGCAUGUACCAUGGUUUUAUAAAGGCAGUUUACAAGGAACAAUGUAUAACUUCUAUGAAAACUGCUGGCGCCCUUUUGGUGUUCUAUUAGUAAAGAUGGAAUCUGAAGGAAUUCUGGUCGAUAAAGUCCAUCUAUCAAAGAUUGAAAAGCUCGCUGUUGGUGAUAAGCAAAUAGUUGCAGAUAAAUUCAGACGGUGGGCAUCCAAGUACUGUGAGGAUGCCAAGUAUAUGAAUGUGGGAAGUGAUACUCAAAUAAGGCAGCUGCUAUUUGAUGACACAUCGAGGAGAGGUCGAAAUGAUAUGAAUUUUGAGUCAAAGCCAGAGUCAAAGUCAUUUAAGGUUCCUAAUACUGAGAAAAUUGUUGAAGAAGGGAAGAAGACUCCUCUCAAGUAUCGUACAAUUCAUCUACAUAAGAUUUGUGAAGGUUUGCAAACUGAUAUGUAUACAGCCAGUGGGUUUCCGUCUGUAAGUGCUGAUGCUCUAAAAGUAUUUGCUGGAAACAUCCCCAGCAAUCAGAUUUUUCGGAUCGAUAAUGCAUGUAAAGAUGAGUAUGUCACUGAAGAAGGGAUAAUGGACGACCAGAAUCUGUCAGAUACAGGGACAGAUUAUGAAGACUGCUCUUAUGGUACUGCAUUUGAGGCAUUUGGAGGAGGCAAUAAAGGAAGGGAGGCCUGUGAAGCUAUUGCUGCUCUUUGUGAAACUUCUGCCAUUGAUUCACUGAUAACAAAUUUCAUUAUUCCCUUGCAGGAAAAUCAUAUUUCCUGUGUCCAUGGGAGAAUUCAUUGUUCUCUGAACAUCAACACUGAAACUGGGCGCUUAUCAGCUAGGAGACCAAACUUGCAGAAUCAACCUGCACUGGAGAAGGAUAGGUACAAAAUUCGGCAGGCUUUUAUUGCUGAACCAGGAAAAUCUCUUAUAGUUGCUGAUUAUGGGCAGCUGGAGCUUAGGAUCUUAGCACAUCUUGCGGACUGCAAAAGCAUGUUGGAGGCCUUUAAAGCUGGUGGAGAUUUCCAUUCUAGAACAGCUAUGAAUAUGUAUGCGCAUGUGCGUGAGGCUGUCAAAAAUAAGAGAGUUCUUCUUGAGUGGGAUCGUCAACCUGGAGAAGACAAGCCUCCAGUUCCUUUAUUGAAAGAUGCUUUUGCUUCCGAGAGAAGGAAGGCUAAGAUGCUUAAUUUUUCUAUUGCAUAUGGAAAAACUCCAGUAGGCCUUUCUCGUGAUUGGAAGGUUUCUUUGAAGGAAGCCAAAGAAACCCUCGAUCUUUGGUACAAGGAAAGAAAAGAAGUAAUGAAGUGGCAGGAUAGACAGAAAAAGGAGGUCUGGGAAACUGGUUGUGUGAAGACAUUGCUUGGACGCUCAAGACAUUUUACUUCAAUGAUAAAUUCCAAAAGUCAGAGGGGUCACAUUGAACGAGCUGCAAUAAAUACACCAGUCCAGGGAAGUGCAGCAGAUGUCGCCAUGUGUGCUAUGCUCGAAAUAGAUAGAAAUGUUCAUCUGAAGGAGCUUGGAUGGAAACUUCUGUUGCAGCUAGACAGCUGUCAACAUCAAUUCAGAUAUGAGUAUAAAAGAUUAGCUUGGUUCACGAAGCUCCUGUCAAUACGGGUCCCGGAGAAGGGUAUGCAGGCUAAUGCAGCCAUAGUCUGCUUUGCAAAAGGCUGUUUCUGAGAUCACUCAGAUACCGGUAUCCCAAUAAAUAUUUUUCAAAGUUCUUACACAUGACCCAUAGGAGUAUAGUGUAUCUAUGUUGGAAUUUCGGGUGUCUAACUCAUAUAGUGUGGGGAUAGAUGAAAUGUUUGGUUAGAAAAGCUAGUUGUUUCUUCCAUAUAAUGGAAAGAUGCCUGCUGAGCAGUUCAUUUGUUUAUAGAAUUUUGUUCUUUAUUCACGCUGCUUGAUGGAUAAAUUGGUCUUUAUUCACGCUACAUAACUAUUUUUGCAUAUACAAAUUAUGCCCUUCGCCUUUUUUGCCUGAUGAUUCCAUUUUUCAUGUCUCUCUGAAUUUGUUUUUUGCUGUAAUGCUUUUUUUUGGGCAGUUUGUUUCA